ACUCGCCACACAGCUUGGGCCGCCGGAGGCUCACAACAUAACGAUGGAAACAGUAUAUAAAGGGAUGGGAAUGCUCGAUUGACAUCGGCAUCUUACCACCAGCUCCAUCCUCAAGACUUCUGCUUUCCUCACCAAACCAACCACCUGGGUUCCGACAUCAAGAUCAGCAUUAUCACUAUGAAGUUGACUCUCCUCAGCCUCAUGGCCGCCGGCGCCUUCGCCGCUCCCCUCGCCGCCCCUCAAGCCCCCACGCCGACUGGCGGCUUCCCUGGAGGAGGAUUCCCCGGCUUUCCAAGCGGCGCUCCAGGAGGCGGGUUUCCUUCCGGUUUCCCCACCGGUGGAUUCCCUGGCGGCUUUCCCACCGGUGCUCCAGGCGGAGGCUUCCCUGGUUUCCCUAGUGGUGGAUUUCCUAGCGGCUUUCCUAGUGGUUUCCCUACUGGUGGAUUCCCUGGGGGCUUUCCUACGGGCGCUCCAGGCGGCGGCUUCCCUGGUUUCCCUAGUGGUGGAUUCCCUGGUGGUGUUCCGACAGGUGCUCCAGGCGGCGGCUUCCCGGGUUUCCCUAGCGGUGGAUGUGAGUCCUUCGCCUUCCGUUCCUUUAUCCUUAGUUCGCUAUCCAAUCCUCAAGCAAAUAAUACCUAUUGGAUACUGACUCUAUACACAGUCCCAGGUGGAUUUCCCACAGGUGCUCCAGGUGCACCGGGUGGUGGAUUCCCAGGAGGCUUUCCUGGAGGUGCACCCGGUGGUGGCGUCCCCAGCGGUGCGCCGCCGGCGCCGCCGACCCCGACUUCUUAAGGCUGUGGAGGAUGGAAGUAGGGGUUGGGGAAGGGAUGGAAUCAUGCUGCUCGAAAGUAUGUGAGGGAUACUGAAGGCGGAUAUACACCUGUACAUAUGGUAGGGGUUUUACUUGGGUUGGAAGGCAGGCGGGAC